AUGUGCGGGACAUUCACGUGUCCCGCCGCCCUAUCCAGCUGUUACGACGGCCCUUGUCCAAUCAACGAAGACAAAUUGCACUUAACGAAGCAAUACCGAGGCAUCGAGAACCGUGUGAUGCAGGCUAUAUCCUGGCAAGUUGGAUCACGGCCUUCCUUUUUCUUCCCAGCCUGUCCUACAAGCUGGGAGGCCCCCAUCAACAUCACCAAUGCCAACAGGACGGCGGCGAAAGCGAUUGGGGAUCUGAUGGGCAAGAACCUUUUGCAUGAUGCCGAUGAAGUGAAUGCCAUGAAAGGCCCCAAAACCACACGAAUGCCACGGGCGGACUUGGUGGUUUGGCCAAGAAUUUGGAGUUCCUGA